CUGAGCUGCUGAGCUAUCGAGCUACAGUGGUAGAGAGGUAGAGUGUACAGUCGCAGAUUUAACCGAUUGAAAUCCAUUCAGUCGCGCGCCGGCAGUCUCAUUAUCCCAGAGACACAGCUCCCACAGAAAUAUUUAAACACAAUCAUCUCUGUGACGUGCAUAGUGAAUUAUUCUCAAUGUUUCAGUGAAUUAAUACGUAAUGAGAGUAAUAAUCAACCGGAGAUUGUUCUCAUUGACCUCGCAAAUAAUAUAUCUGUAAAUGACACUUGAAUCGAAUACCGAUCCUCUUAAAUGUACAAACACACAUCUCACGACGUUGCCCAUCGUAACAGACGAAAAAUUAUUAUUCCGGCUAUGUGAAUUAGUCAAUUAAUAUCACCAAGAGUCAAUAAAUUAUUAAAAUUAUCCAAAUGUUGGUGAAACACCGCAGCAUUGGUUGAGUAAUUCAUUGGAGAUCGCCGAGAGUUGUUAAUCAUUUAUUAACACGAUCGUCAUUUUUCCAAUUUUAUAAAGAUAGAGGAUAAUACCUUUGUAAAGUAAAAUGCGUCUUCCACUGACAGUGUUUUUGUGCCUGUGCAUUAAUGGUGUAAUUUGCCGAUCAACGAGGUCCACGGAGCAUCACGGAGGCAAUGUCACUGCUGGCAAUUGUGAAAUCGUCAGACCCUUCUUCGAGAGCAAAAAUAUCACCAUUCAUUUUUCAACAAUCAGCCGUGAGGACGUCGCUACAACCACGUGCGGUGGAUCGUGCUGCAAUCGUCAUACCGAGGAUCAGCUACGACAGCAGGCGAAAAACGAUUUUUACAAUUUAAUACAUCAUCACAGUCGCAGUCUUCAGGGUCUCCUAGCGACAACGGCUGAUGCAUUGAGGGAGACUGUAACUACACUGGCUCGUCAAUCAGAAAACAAGACCCUGACUCUGUUUGAGCAGGUCUACCUUUCGAUGUCACUGCUCAGCAGGCCAUCAAUCAAGGCACUCUACCAAGCAAUGAUCGACUACGUCUCGUCCAGCAACACUCCAGACACCCUCCAACAGCCACUCACCCGUGAAAUGCUCCAGAAACGUUUCACCGAGUUCUUCACUCGUCUCUUUCCAAUUGCCUAUCAUCAUGCUGUUAAUCCACAUCAGCAAGACUUCACGGAUAAAUUUAAAAAUUGUCUGUACGACGCCAUCGACGAGAUCCAGCCAUUUGGUGAUAUUCCAAAACAGAUAUCACGCUCGGUCACCAAGAGUUUAGAAGCGACUCGUGUACUUGUUCAAGCUUUGACAUUAGGGAAAACAGUGUUGGAUAAAACUGAUACCGUUCUCUUUUAUGGUACUAGCCCACAGCAAAGUGCUUGCUAUGAGGCACUACUCAGGAUGACUUACUGCCCAAAAUGUUCAGGAUAUGACUCUACGGUUCUUCCAUGCAGUGGUCUGUGCACCAAUGUCAUGAGGGGUUGCUUAACUGAGCCAGCAUCGGAAUUGGAUCUAGCAUGGUCUGGAUAUGUGGAAACAGUCGAGAGACUGGUCAUUGCUGUUGAUGGGAGAACAGAUCCACUCGGUUUGAAUGCGGAGAGAGCAGUCAGACAAUUGGAUACUCGAAUUUCUGAUGCCAUAAUGCACGCCAUGGAGAACGGUCCUUCCCUCGAGGAGAAGGUUCGAAAAUUAUGCGGACGUUCGGAGCUGAAGACGGGGAAGACAUCGGAAGCAGUUGAAUCUGACGUAGUGUCCUCAAUUGGUAGCAAGUCAUCGUCAUUGUUCUCAUCGAGCCUGGAGCAUCGUCUGGCCGAUAUGCCUCACCCAAACUCCCAGGCACAUCGUGCCACUCAAAUCCAGCUCCACAGCCAACUCGGCAACUUUUUAGCCAGUGUCGUUAGGUCUCGCACCUUCUACGGUACACUUGCUGAUGCCAUAUGCGAGGACUAUCCUGAAAAGCAUUGCUGGAAUGGCCAGCGACUCGGAGAGUAUACAAAGACUGUGGUUGACUCGAGUUUAACAGCCCAAAGGUAUAAUCCAGAAUUUGUAAUGGCCAAGAGUGGACCAUCACCGAAUUAUGGAAAUUCGAAUACAAGCGUUCUAAUAGAUCAAUUGCGACAUAUAAAUCAAGUGGUGCAAUCGCAGCUGGCAUCAGCUCCUGACAGUGGAGUCUUGCUGUCUGAUGAGGCACUAGAUGGAUCUGGCAGUGGUGCUAAUCCAAAUUGGAAUAGGGGAAUUAUUGUAAAUAGUGAUGACGAGGAUGUUGAUGACGACAACGAAGCUUCCGGCUCGGGAAUGGGCCCCAUCAGGAGCGGUGAUACAUCGAUACUAACGAAUAUUAAUACAGACGAUAAGUCGAAUAAUACGAGUGGUGCUCCUACGAGGAAAAUCACAUCACUGGUGCUUCUUAGCUUCGUUUGGCUCAUUCACUGUGCCUAAAGCCAAUUUAAAAAAUUUAAUGUACAGUAUGUGACGAUUAAUAGUCAUUAAUGGAACGAGUGAGGACGGAAAAAAAAGUGAGAAAUUAUAGAAUCAAAUGAUUACGCCAGGCUAACAAAAAAAAUGAUGAAAGUAAGUUUUUGCAGACACUACGUAGGACUUAUUUGUAGAUAACAGAUAACGGUACCCUCUUUUGGCUAAGUAAUUUUCCUUCCCUACAUUAGACAAGACAAGAUGAUUGUUGAGUAUCGCGGACUCCGGCUAUUCGUUGGGUGAUAUAUAGCGUAUGCCAUAAUUAAACUUUAACUGCCACAUUGCCAAUCGUGCGUCCAAACAAGAAAAUGGAGCGUUCAGUUUUUUUUUUCCCUUCAUCCCCCGUUUUUUCUGAUAGAUUUUUACGUCUGUUUCCCGGAACGAUAUUCUUCCCAAAUUGAAAUAACCGACGAUAAUCACACGGAUUUAUUUAUGAAUUAUUGUACAUUAUAAAAGAUAAGAUUAAUUGGAUAAUUGAUUUAUUGUCGUUUAAUCGAGAAAGGAGAAAUUUCAAGAGGAAUUUGAAAUGAAAAUUUUUUGAGAACACGUGCUGGCGCGUCGGCUCCUGUCUAUCGCUCCUCUCCUUUUAUUAUUUUGUAAAUUUAUCAUUUUUAUUUUAAUAACUUUGUGCCUUUUUCAAUGUACCGCCGUGCCACGCGCCGCUCAAUCUUUUUUAACGGAAUAUUCUGGGCAUUUACGCUGGGGGAAGAAAAAAAUGCGGAGACUCAGAAACGACGAAUUAAUGUAACAGAAUCACUGUUAAACACCCGAGGUGUGAAUAUCUAUAUCUGUUGGCCGGCAAAACAUUAGCUUCAAAGAUCCGCGCAGGUCCGCGUGACCCAAAAGCCUCUGGUUACAAAUACGUCGUACAUUUUGAUGCUAUCGAUUCUAAUUUUGGUGACUGGUACCAAAAAAAAAAACCCGAGUGAAAAAAUAAAUGUAUUACUUGAAAUAUGGCGUACUAUGUGCAAGUGAUUACUCGCCUAUUAGUUACUAAUGAUGUUUAUUAAUAUCACUAUUAUUAUUAUUAAUAUUAUUAUUAUUAUUAUUAUUCAACCAAUUAUAAUGAGAAGAAUGCCAGAAUGCCAGAAUGCCAUAGACAAAAAUUAACAGUUUUUCUCGCCAUUGCUUUUUCUUUCUUUAUGCAUUUCAUAUAUUUUCAGUCAAUGUAAAAGUCAAACUAGGCAAGAGAGACUGACUUUUAUAUACGUUUUUUUUUUCUUUUUUUUAUUUUCAAUUUUCAAUUGACAAAAAUUAUUUAAAAAGUAUGUUAGUGUCAUGUUGAAAAAAUUCUACGAUGGAAUGAAUUCAUGACGUGAUCACGAUCAGGUUGUAAAUAGAGAAGCAUGCGUGUUGUAUUUAUAUAUGCAAUAUGUUAAAACUAUGUUAUAUUAUAUUAUUAAAAACGGUCUAAAUGAAAAAUUAUUGAAAGUUAUUGGAGAUAUAAUCUAACAAUGGCUUUUAACGUAAUAACAGAGUUGAUUAAAAAAAUGAGCAUCGAAUUGUGUGUGAAAGUUUAGACAAAAAAAAAAGUUGAAAUGUGAAUUUUCAAUUGAUUAAUCGGAGUGUAACUCCGUGUAUUCGUUUGUAUUAGAGUCAUUCUCUUGACAGAUUAAAUCAAUUAACUGAAUCUCUUUGCGUGAUUAAAUGAAAUAUCUGUUAUUUUAUUAUCAAUUGCUGAUUGAACUAACGAGGGUGGAGGCAAAGGGGUCAGAUUAUGCGAUUUAAUGUUUUAAUUGAGUGAUAAUGAUUAUUACUAUUAGCCUAUGAGUGAAAUGAUUAUUUAGGGCCUCGUUGAUCGCUAGUCGAGGGCAAUUGCAUACUAAAAGCCGACUUCACUUGGUUUAGGCCCGAUAGAUUGAAUAUUUAAUAAUUUUUCCCGAUACUUUUUCCUUUUUUUUUCACCCAUUUUAUUUCUUCUUUUUUGGCAUUGAAAAAUCGAGAUCGAAUAUAUAGAAAAAUUUAUUUCAACGCACAUACUUUAUUCAUCCAUUUUAACUUUUUGAUUUUUUUAUUUCUUCAUGUGCUCCCUCGAGAUUCCACAUAGCAAUUAUGUAAAACUAAUUUUCAUGCCUACUGCGUUUGGCGAACGUCUGUGAUUAUUGUAAACAAGAAUAAUAAAUAAUUGAAAGAAAAAAAAAAUAUUCAAAUAAAUUAA